ACAUUGGAACUGAUAAACCAUAUCAACCAGUGACUAGUUACCUCUUAACUUAAACGGACAAAAGGAACGAAGUGCAAAAACGAAAAAAGACAAAGAAAUCAACUAGUGCUUUGUUGACAAAGUUUUAAGUUACAAAUUUGUGUGCGAAUUAGUGAUAAUGGUGUCCGUCCAAACAAUAGCCACUAUUGUGGUGAAAGUAUUUAAAAUUGUAUUAAACAUUGUUAUUCUUGUGCUGUAUCGCACUGGGUACAAUGGUGAGUUCCUUGGCGUCGGAGGCACAUGGAACCUCAAUGAGGAGAAGAAUCCUGAUGCAGAAAUUGUCGCUUCUGGUGUUAUCGUCGGCUACCUCAUCUACACUCUUGUACAAGUCGUCACAUUCUUGUUUGGCACCACUGAGCAUAAACGGGCCCUAGGUGACAUAGUGAUGAACUUCGUGGGCGUGUUCUUGUGGAUCGCGGUUGGUGCGGUGGCGCUGCACUAUUGGGGUGGUUACCAGGGCGAGCACCAGUUCCAGUUCGUCUUUGCAGAAAGACAGGUGGGCCUAGCAGUGGGCGCUCUCUGCGUGAUUCAAGGUGCGGUGUACUUACUAGAUACGGUACUUGCAAUUAUUCACUUCACCAAGGAACAAUUAAAACUGGAGUGCCUGUACACGGGCAGCUUAGUAACGAUAUCGCCGAUUUCGAAGGAUUUCCUCUGCGAACUGGAUAUCUACGCCGUCACAAUUGCUCCUCUAACGGAAGACGUGUCGGAGUUUGGUGGCGGUGCACGCGUGGUGUGGGCCAUGUCUGCGGGCGACAGGGAGGCGGAGGCGCAAGCCAAGAAGGGAGAAGAAGGGGAUGGCAAUGAGCGCGAUAGCCGCGCAGCAGCUGCGCUCAAACGUAACUGGUGUAUCGGACUCAGGAUCACAGAAAUGAUAUUAUCUGUGAUCGCAAUCGGUUUGAUUGUGGGUGCUCUGUACUCGCCACAAGUCGUUCAAUCUGACCAUAGACAUAUCGCUCUCAUCUUUUCAUCUUAUUCAAGCUACAUCAUCAUCACUGGGGUUCUGAUCAUCGCACGUCUGUUGGGCGAGUCUGCCGGCUGGAGAACGUCCAUUGGCUUCUCAAUAAUGGGCUUCAUCAUGUUUACUGCUGCUGCAGCUGUUAUAUUCUAUGAUUGGCACAGAUCUUAUUACGCGAAUCUCCGUCCCAAUAAGGAGGCUUACGAUUUACUGAUAUCUUCAGGCGUUUUCUCUAUUAUUAAUGCCGCUGUUUUCCUCGUUCAUAUUUUCUUAACUUUCAAGAAAGAAGCUGAUUAUUAGAAAGUAUAUUAAAAUUAAGAUUUAAUAUAUAAUUUUUGUUAUAAUUUAACUACAGAAUCAAAGAUAGGAUUAAGAUUUUUUUUUUAAUUUUAUUCAUGUAUCAUUUUCAUUUACUCCAAAGUAAUUCAAAUUUUAUUAUUUAAUAGUAAUUAUAAUAAGUAUAACAAUAAGAAUAGGUUUGUAUUUUUGUAGCGUUUAAGUCAAUCGUUGUCCUCUUGUCGUAGCUAAAAGAAACUUUUGUAGCAAUGUUGCAGCUAAAUAAAUAGUUUUUUUCUGUAAAAUCUGUAAACUUUUUCGGCCGAGGAAGUGCAAGCUUUAUGUAUAAACAUAUAUAGUAAAGGUAAGUACAUAACUUAGAUAAGUUACAUUAUAUGAUUAAGUUUAAAUUAAGUAAACAUUUUUAAUAAUUCAAUAAUUUUUCUAUUUUUGUAUAUUAUUCUUUACUAUACUUAUGACAUUCCGUCAAAUUAUGACAAUUUUUUAUUAGUGGUAUUAUAUAUUAACGAAAUAAACCACCGUUAUAUACUAAACCUAUUUAUUUAAGCAUUUUCUUACUUGAACUAGAAGUUUUAUUGUCUUUUGUUUUUUCUUCAUAAUACUCUUAUUAAUGACGUCAUAAUUUAAAGGCCAGGUUUCUAAAUUAUACUCUAAUCUUUGAUUUAAGAUAUGACGAUAUAGAAACAGUCCGCGAUGACAAACAAGGGACAGACAAACUGGGGCUAAGAUUGUCUCGCAAAUAAAAUUAGUCUGCAUAGUAUUGGAAAUAACGUUUAUUUUUUAUAUCAAUAACAAUCGUAAAAAAGGCAUGAAAAGCAAAAUUAUACCUUAUUUCUAUGAUUUAAAGCUUAAUUUUAUUUGCAACAGAAACGUGUGCUGUGCCUCGGUCUGUAUGAACGAACUAUAACACGGCAUUCGAGUAUGUACCUUAGGACCAAUUACGUAUCGAUCCAAGAAAUCUCAUACGCCUAAUUCUGAAUUAAAUGACGCAUUUUAUUAUAAUUAUUUAAUACUCAUUGCUAUGGUCUUUCUUUACUUACUGUAUUCUCCUUUCAGUAUUUUCUAAAACUUUUUUUUAAUUUUUAAGAGAUAUGUUUAAAGGGAGAACCAAAGCAGUAAUCAGUAUCCGUCCAAUUUGUAGUUAAGUUUUUCUUUUAUUAUUAUUUUUUAUGUCAUCCGACCAUUAAAUUACAAACAAUAACAAGAUAAAAA